AUGACAAUCACUCAGAAGGAUAUCCGGUCGCUGUUCACCAAGACCAGGUCCUUUGUCGACCAGUUACUGGCUACCAUCGAAGAAAGACAACGUUUGACCGAGACCCUCAAGCUCACCCCGUCGCUGGACGACAACUUGGACUUGAUCAACCUCCUCGCAAAGAUCAAAAAAAGCUUACAGUAUCUACAUCUGGAUAUUUCUGCUGGUUACGUUGAUACAUUUGCCGGUCAAUUUUCCACGUUGGUGGAUUCCUAUAUUGCACAACUUGACAUUCUAGCCAAGGAUGCGUACGUGGAUGCUCAUGAAUACGAGUACACUGAGAAGAUUGCCAAACCUGAUGUCCCUGACCUCACCACAAAGAAACUGGUACGUUUUAAAGAUUAUGACACCGAUGAAGAUAAUAUGAGAUCUCAGCUUAUGGGUACCUCGGGACAAAUAAAGCCAUAUAGGGACGAGCCUGAGGAAAACCUGGAUUCCCAGUCUUUACAGUCUGUGGAUACCUCAAACAGAGAGAUGUUUGCCCAGCAUCAGCAGCAGCUCUUACAACAAGAUCAAAACUUAGACGCCUUGCACGAUUCUAUUAGAGUGCAGCAUUCCAUGGGCCGCAACAUCAACGACGAGUUGGAUGACCAUCUUAUCUUACUUAAUGAUUUAGAAAGAGGCGUAGACGAUUCAGGCAGCCGUCUCGGAAGGGCGUCUCUCCGCCUUAAAGAUUUCCCCUUGUCACCAUCAUUGUACUUUCGAUCAUCCUAA